CCACCAUCCGAUCCGCCCACUAGUGAAUGACUUGUACCCAGACGACAUACGAGUACCACCAGUGACCACCACCACCACCUACCACCUACCUUACCUUACCUUACCUGACUACCGUCGGAGGCUUCUUCUCGACCUUUACCCUUUCUCGUACUCGCAUACGCAGUACGCAUUACCCUUCUGCCAAACUGGUUCCGUGCUUGGUUUUCCACCCCCCACGGCGGUGGACUUGCAUGCCUGGCGUCCUUGGGUUUUGGUCUCGUCUACCUCUGCUUCCUUCUCUCGACUCUCUCCCUCUCUCUAGUUCGCCAUGCCUAAUCAAUCCCCGACCCCGCCAACCGUGGCUGGAGCCAGACCAAAGACCUCAUCUUCGUCUCUUCUAUCAUCCAAUGCUGCUAGCAGUUCGCAACAAUCUAUAUCCAUGGCGUCGAGCGGAAGACCAGGCCGUGGUAGCACCCCAACCUUGACCGGCCCAAAACCAACAGCCAAGGCUGCGGAUGGCGAACGACCUACACGCCCAUCGAGUAAAGACAGCCUCAAGGCCAAGUUGAAGAAACCCGAGCUGGAAGGUCCGAGGCCCAGCAAGUCAGAUGAGCAACUCAAGGUUCUCAAGGCCGAUUUUGACAGCCUCCGCUCACACCUCACUUGCAAAAUAUGUGACCGCCUUUUAUACCAACCAUACAUCAUCUCCUGUGGACAUACAUACUGCUAUAGCUGCCUCUGCACCUGGUUCGUCAACAACAAGUCUCGAAAGACUUGUCCGGAUUGUCGAGCUGUUGUGACGGAGCAACCAGCACCAGCAUACUUGAUUCGCGAAAUGACAAUGGUCUUCAUCACUCGAGCCGAACUUUUACCCGCGGGCGAGACGAUAGAGCAGCACAGAAAAUGGCAAAAGGAAGAGGCAGACCUGGUCCAGCAAGACAAAGAUAGCCAAGACCGGCAGACGGGCGGUCUUUUCAAGGGCUGCUUCCGUGUGAGCCGCCCCACUCUUCGUGCCGUCAGAGACCAAGAGGAUGGCGUCGAACGUUGCCCUCUUUGUGCAUGGGAGCUUGAAGAUGGUGAAUGUGCACAGUGCGGCCUCCUCUUCGACGAAAAUGGAGAACUGGGCUGGGGAGAUUCUUUCACGGGUUUCAGCGACAUGGACGAGAUGUCUGAGCGUGACAUGUCGGGAGAGGAUCUCGAUGCUGAAAUGGACAUGGAUGAUGUAUACGACGGGUUCGAUAACAGGGGCCCUUGGCCCGGCUACACAAGAGAGGAGCAUGAUUCAUACAUGAUGCAGCGUUACCUCGAGCAUGGAAUCCCACCGCAUGCAUACGCCCCUCGCCGUCGAAUGACCCAUAGCGAGGCCGGGAGCCGUGGCAGAUCCUACAGCCAAAGCAUUGUGUCGGACAUGUACACGGAAGAAAUGGACACGGUUGAAGAAGAGGAGGACGAAGACGAGGUUGAAGAUUCCUCAAUGAAUGACUUCAUUGCGGAGGACGACGAAGAAGAAGAAGAAGCAAGCUCGCUUAGUACUUCUUCCACGCCGGGCCAAACCCCACAACCGUCUGGUAGUCGCAGGCCAGUGCAAAGCCGAGCCCGCCGCGUUGUAGAGUCCGAUGCUUCUUCCACUACUUCCAGUGUCAUCGAGGAGGAGGAGGAAGAUGAAGAAGACCAGGGUCCAAUUCGACGAGGCCAACGCAAUCGAGCACAAACACGACUUCUCAACCGCGCGAAUGGCUCUCGCGAACCCACCAGACCGCCUUCAUCCGCCUCAACAGAGGCGUCACAUGAACAGGACCUCGACGAGGAUACACAAGCGUUAUUACGAGCAGAUGGAUGGAUGUUACAGCACGAUGGGCCAGAUGAGGAAAUGGAGGGAGAAGAUGAUGAUGAUGAUAGCGACGGAGGGCGCACGACCGUUGGGUGGGAACCGACCGCGAAUUCCAAUGACAGAGUCCGAAUGGGCGGUUCUCUAACACCUACUGCAGAUCGACCUCGGCCUAAUGGCACCAUACGACCCCCUUCGCGUACCGGCAACCCUCGAUUCAUGGACGCAUCACGCGGCCUGCGACGGAGAUCGUCCGUUCUCACAACGUCAACAAUGAGUUACGAAGACGGAGAGGCGGAUGAUGAUGACUCGGAUAGGGAUCAGGAUGGUGAUAUUACCAUGGCUAUGAAUGCACUACGACAGCGCCGUUCCCGCGCCCAGUUACGCAACUCCGUUGGGCUUCAUCCCCACAACCCCAAUGUCAAUAACAGAUUCGCGAAUCGAGGCUUUUCCCAAGGUGACGCUAUUGAUUUGGAUACUGAUGACAACUCAGACACGUCACAAAAUGGAAACCGUGGCAAUGCUCCUCGUGUGCGUCACCCAGAGUACAAUCCCCGGAUCAGUUGGAUGUUUGCAGACCAUCAGCGUGCUUUGCAAGAGUUUCAACGUGGUGGUCCCCUUCUGGAUCUAGAGGCUCGCUCAACGACUCCAAUUGCUCGUCCGCGGACAGCGAAUCGAGGCCGUCCGAGCCCAGGUCCUCAAUUUUCGCCCUUCAUGGCACCUGCACGUUUACGAACGCCUUCGAUGGACCAUCCGUCAGCCAAUCCCGUUGGCAUGCGAGGCUUGGUCUCCCCUCCGAGACGUUCAGUUGCUACGCCGACCAGCCCUGCCGCUACUCGUUCUGAGAACGCUCUCCUCAUCAACACUGCCAUGGCGACUUCAAACACCACCACCAGUGGUCCCGAAAGUGCCGCAGCCAUUCGUGGUCAAGAAGGAGUUGCAUCUACAUCACAACAGCAAGCCAAUGCAGUGUCUCAAUUGCAACCAACAUCGGUGGUUGAUAUCAUAGAUCGACCACUUAGUAGAGUGAGUGCACGGCCUCCAUCGGCGGCGGGCAGACGAAAUUCUGCAGGGUUUUCUCCAGUAUAUCAGGGAUUUCCCCAUUCAAGCGUAGGCCUCAACGUACCUGGAAGGAUGAUUCAGAAUCAACGACUUGGCGGCAACCCUUGGGCACAUUUGAUGCAACAAAGUGUACGGCCGCGCAACUCUCGGCCUGUUCUGCGGGAUCAAUCAUCCACAGCAACGUUGCGGCCGGCGAAUUCUCGCAUCAACAUACGAGAAGCUGCAGGGCAACAGCAAGGUAUCAGGCCGCAGGUGUCAAGAAUAGAUCUGCGGCACCAAAGCUCGCGAAGGCGACUCAAUCCUCAAGCAUCGACCCGUACUCUCCGCGCCAGCGAACAUGCUCGGCCCCCUCCCUCGCCAGUAUCGAACGCAGGGACUAAUUCCUCGUCCAUUGGCCAAACCACGUAUCUAUCGGAAGCUGAGCGCAACACAAGAGCUCGUGAACUUGUCAACAACAGGCUACGCUUAAUUCAGCAACCAAACUCGAAUCCCGUACGCACCAACCCCUUCACGCAGGGCUUUCGACAAGCAGUCAAUGUCAACGAAAGAGUCGCUCCAGGCGCGACUCUCGGAGAGCCUCUCCAUGUAAGGAGCAAUUCCAACGAGAGUAAUAUCUCAAACAAUUCAUCCGCGACUGCUCAGUCUGGCUCUUCUUCUCCCAACCUUAACCGCCGUCGAAGUAACCGGAAUAUGUCGGCCCCGGCAGCCCCUCCGAUGGCAACAAACCAAGGGAACUUCAUCUAUGCUAACGACUAUCUACGAGCACAACAACGCCCAAUUCACAACAGCAAUCCUGUUUAUGAAUCUCCGCUGAACCCGCCAGCUCACAACAUGAACACUAUGGUCACCGCCAGUGGCCCACUCAUAUAACACUCUUCACCUCUGAAGCGCGGGGUGUGCAAUCAGCCUAUAUGGUUUACACAGGGACGCCAUACUGCACAAGGUGCAUUACGAAUCCAUUCUACAUUCUCUUUUGUUUUCGUUUUUAUUUUUUACGUUGAAGGCCACUGCAUCCUUCUUAGCAUGGAGUUUGGUUUUGGGGGCAUUCAUGACUACCUACGAAUAUGAAUAUUUCCUUCUGUCUGUGGCGCUUUUGGAAUCAAAAUAGUAUUCUGGCAUUUUGUAGGCGUCGAGCUCUCUUUCACAACAGGACUGAUACCAAAUCAUGUCGCUUGGUAGCGACCUCACGGGAAUGGGUCAUAGCGAUACUGGCGCAAAUUCAUUGUUAGUGCUUCAGUAACAUUUGCUUUCCGGGCGUGCUGUAAUGACAAAGAAAGGAAUAUUUUGGAUUCAUGCCCACUCGUAUUUGUUAGCC